UUAUCUGUACUUUAAUUUGAAGAUUUGAGCCCAAGCAUUAUUCUCCGCUCGUUUAAUAUUCAUUUACAUCUCUUGUAGAUAAACAAAAUUGUAUAGCAACGAUGAUUUCCACAUAGUUACGGUGGGGGACUUGUAUGUUUGCACAUUGGUAUAGUAACCCCAACCGUUACUUUUAUAAGAGCGAACACAACACAGUAACUAACAUACGAACAUGAAUGCUCUGCAUUGACCUUAGUUUGCAGUAGUGAAUCAGACACUGGUUUGGUAGGCCGUUAAUAAUUGAUCAAGGACCUUGAUUACAGACAGCGUGACACAUCUAAAGAAAAUUAUAACAUAGUCGUUUAAUUUGUUUUCUUUGAAGAUAAUUAAUUGCUCCUCAGCAUUCAAAAUGAGAAUUUCUAUGCGAAGCAUGGAAAGUCUGUACUCUAACAAGAGUUCAAACUUUUCCGCACUUCACCGGCGAAAAGCAGCCGCUGCCCGGCAACCGGCAAUUGUAAUAGCCUCCAGUAGCGAUGUGCGACACCGGGUGAUGUCGGCGCGAAUGUUGCGUUUCAAACAGUUGCAAAAUCAAUUGGAAGUUGCUCAUCACCAAAUAGCGGAGUUGACUAAGGAUAACCGACUUCUAAGAGCACUGCAGAAGCGUCAGGAUUCCGCCUUGUCCAAGUAUGAAAAUUCCAACGCGGAGUUGCCUAAACUGUUGCAUUCGCAUGCUGAAGAAAUACGAACUUAUCAGACUAAGUAUCGAAAUCUGCAAAACCAAAACAAAGAGUUGCUCAACAAACUGAAACAAAAAGACGCGCAUAUUUUGACGAUAAGUGAUCAAAACAAACACCUUAUUCAAUUGAACAAGGAUAAGCAUCUUGAAGAACGCGAGAGACUUGCCGAGCGAGUACGUGAUCUGGAAGCUAGGCUUAUAGAAAAGGAUAAUGAUAACAAAUUGCUAGUUAGACGAUUGCAGCUUGAAUCUAAAAACUUUAAAGGACAGCUACAACAUGAAGUAUUAAAGCAGCGAGAAAUUGCACAGAAACUGGAGCGAGCACAUCACGAAAUUCAACGACUCAACUCUGUUAUUGAGAUAUAUGAGAAACGAACGCCAUCGACACUAUUGAAAAAUAGCUAUCUCAUGAAACCUCCCAAGCCUACUUCAGGACAGCUGAUUCGUCUUUCAAAUGGAUCGCCAGUAAAACCAAAUUAUCUGCAAAACCCAGCUGAACCUGCUCCGGUAACGAAUAUGGAAAUCGCACCGAAAAAGCAGCCCGAAGAAUUGGGGGAUGGCGAUCAUAAGUCCCUCAAUGUGAGUCCGAAAAUGUUGAAACCGUUAGGAACAAUGGAAGAUCCAACGCCAGCUGUAACUCCAGCAAAAUCCAGCAAGUCCAAGAAAAGACAUCCAAUACCAAGAGUUCGUGAAGUACAAGAAAAUGCAGACGAUGAAAAUAAUGAAAAAGAUGAAGAGCAUCAAUUUGAUGAGUCAUUCUGUAAAGAAUUCAACCAGUACGCUUUGCAAACAGAAACUGAAUUCGAUGAAGCUAUUGAGCAUGAAUUAUCUAAGCUGAAGAAUGAAAUCGAAGCUGAUGGCUCUAGCAGUAAUCUAUUGCGUCGCAAAAAGCAGCAUUUUGUCACCACAGAAGUGUCUUAUGAGGAUGAUUACGAAGCUGACUCCUCUCCAGAAAAAAAUCGUGGUAAAGCAACUGAUCUUUUCGAGCAUAAGUUGCAUAUAAGUGAGUUGGAAGAACAAAUUCGCAAUAUGGGUGGUCCACUUUUGAAUGGUGGACUAAGAAAAGAUAAGUCACAUCAAAAUGGAAAAAAAGUGUCGUCACCUGGUGAUACAGAUGCCGACUCCAGUACAAGUACCAGCGUGAGCAGAGAUUCAUCUUCGAAGGAGUUUGAGUCAAUGAAACGAGAAAUUAGAGAGAGUAUUAUGAAGAAAGAGUGUUUAUUGGACACAUUUUGUGACGAGAUCAAUGGGAAGGACGAGCAAAUUAAAAUAAACAAUGGUCGGUCCAAAGAUUCACAAAGAAGAAACCAAAUUGAUGCGAGGAAGAAGAAGAACUUACUUGAAGCGUUGAAAGCAAUUGAUGGUGAUAGUUUUGAUAAAUGAUUAGUCUUUGAUUCUGGAUCUAAUAGUGCUGCUAAUAACUGUUCAUAAAUGUAGAGUUUUUGAAGAAAGAUAUGGUGGUUUUUAUAUUUUCUAUAAAUGUAACUACUGGGAAUAAACUAUAUUUUAUAAUGUA